GGUAUAAGAGUAUAAUAAUGAUUCUAGCAUAACACUAAACCAAACACCAAAACAACAAACAGCAUAUAUGUGUAUGUACAACCAAACACACACACAAUUUCAAAUGAUAUAUAUUAUAUUAAAUUAUAAAUGCCGUUUUAAAAUGCAUUACAAAUAGCGCACUGAAGAACAGAAUAUGCACAGCUAGACUGAAAUCCCUUCACUCUCCAGCACAGCAGAUGGCGAUAUACACCUCAAAUCUGGUCUACACCUCGCUAAUAACCCCACAGAAGAAGAAGAAGAUGCGGCAGAAACUUUUGCAGCUGUAGAGUCCAGUCGAGUCUUCUGAGGAGAGAAAUUCAGCUGGAAUAUUCCCAUUAGUUUACAAGUGAAGACGAGCAUCAAAGCUUCAAGAAUAAAUCUGUAAAGACUGAGUUUAUUAAAGAGGAAAGAGAGGAGAUGGGAGAUCCAGAACCCUGCAGAAUCAAACACACUGAAGAUACUGAAGAACUAACAGAGUUGAUUGAAGAAAACGAGCAAAAUGAAGAUUUGAGUGAAGUUGAAGAGAAAAAUAACUUUAAAAAUGGAGAAAAAACAAUUUUUUUUAAAGAAAACAAGAGCCAAGAGAUCUUUCACCUGCACUCAGUGUGGAAAGAGAUUGACAUCGAAAUAUAAUCUUCAUGUUCACAUGAGAAUUCAUACAGAAGAGAAACCAUUCACUUGUGACCAGUGUGGAAAGCGUUUCACACACUUAGCAAACCUUAAGGAUCACUUGAACAUCCACACUAGAAAGAAAUUGUACACAUGUGAUCAAUGUGGAAAAACAUUUUUGUGGGCUUCAGUCCUGAAAACACACCUAAGAGUUCAUACAAAGGAGAAACCACAUUCAUGUCAUUUGUGUGGAAAGAGUUUUUCAUAUCUACACCAUUUUAAAGAACAUCAGAAAAUACAUACUGGUGUGAGAGACUACAUGUGUUUUGAGUGUGAGAAUACUUUUACUUCAGCGGGUGGUUUAAAACAGCAUGAGAGGAUUCACACUGGCGAGAAACCUUACAAGUGUUCACACUGUGACAAGAGAUUCAAUCAGUCAGGAGACCUGAAAACACAUGAGAAGAUCCACACUGGAGAGAAACCUUACAAGUGUUCACACUGUGACAAGAGAUUCAGUCGGACAGGAGCCCUGAAAAGACAUGAAAGGAUCCACACUGGAGAGAAACCUUACAUGUGUUCACACUGUGACAAGAGAUUCAGUAAUUCAGGAGACUUGAAAACACAUGAGAGGAUUCACACUGGAGCGAAACCUUACACAUGUUCACAUUGUGACAAGAUAUUCAAUAAUUCAGGAGACUUAAAAACACAUGAGAGAAUUCAUACUGGAGAGAAACCAUACAAUUGUUCACACUGUGAGAAGAGAUUCAGUGUGUCAGGAUACCUAAAAACACAUGAGAAGAUCCACACUGGAGAGAAACCUUACAAGUGUUCACACUGUGACAAGAGAUUUAGUGUGUCAUCAUAUCUGAAAACACAUGAGAGGAUCCACACUGGAGAGAAACCUUACAAGUGUUCACACUGUGACAAGAGAUUCAGUGUGUCAUCAAGUCUGAAACUACAUGAGAGGAUCCACACUGGAGAGAAACCUUACAAGUGUUCACACUGUGACAAGAGAUUCAGUGUGUCAUCAAGUCUGAAAACACAUGAGAGGAUCCACACUGGAGAGAAACCUCAUAAGUGUUCACACUGUGAUAAGAGAUUCAGUCAGUCAGGACAUCUAAAAACACAUGAGAGGAUCCACACUGGAGAGAAACCUUACAAGUGUUCACACUGUGACAAGAGAUUCAGUGUGUCAUCAAAUCUGAAACUACAUGAGAGGAUCCACACUGGAGAGAAACCUUACAAGUGUUCACGCUGUGACAAGAGAUUCAGUAUGUCAGCAAAUCAAAAAACACAUGAGAGGAUCCACACUGGAGAGAAACCAUAUCACUGCACUGCAUGUGGGACACAGUCAUAG